GAAUGCGCUCGGGUCGCUGCUCGCGCAAUGUGGCGUGUAACAACGAAGAACAAUCUUCCCCAGCUUUGGAUCAAAGGUAGCACUAGCACCUUAGCAAACAAGCCUAGGAUAGUAUCAGGUCUCUAUGGUGCUUUUCAAGACACUCUUAACCGCUGAGAGCUGGGUAACGCUAGGCGAGCGAAAAUCGCAGGAUCAAGGAGGUCGUGGCGUUCAUAGAGUUAGCGUCUGCUGUGAACGCGAGCUUCGGAGCUAACAGCUGCACUACGUUACCGAGAACGGGCAGCCGACGAGGAAUUCCGCUUUUAUUGUCCUUCACCGGUUUCGUUGCUCACUUGUUAGGAACAGCGUGGAGCAGCUGGCAAACAGUGGCUAGAUGUACGGCAACCUCCGCGGUGGCUAGUCUGUGGAAUGCACGUGUAAGAUGCUAGCCAAGCACGUCUAGCUCAGAAAGUCGCGUCUUUAUUGCUUUUAACUGUCUAGUGGUCUGUCACUCAGUGCAUUGCAUUUAAUGCCAGUUAACGUUACGCAACGGCGCAAAGUUCAUUGGACAGCAUGGGAAGUGUUCAUAAGAAGGCAUCUUAGCACUUAGAUCUCGUGCAACGUCCAGAUUUAGGGAAGAUCGCACCUGUAAGAGCCUGUUGAAGACAAAAAGAGGGAAUAUCUGCGGGUGUCACAGUUAUCAUCAUGUCUGAGGACCCCAGCGUGGACCGAUUCAUCAAGGAGACCUCCAUCCUGGAAGAGUACAACAUUAAUUGGACACAGAAGCUGGGAGCUGGGAUCAGUGGUCCUGUGAGGGUUUGUGUAAAGAAGUCUACACAAGAACGGUUCGCCCUAAAGAUCUUGAUUGACAGACCCAAAGCCCGCAAUGAGGUUAGGCUUCAUAUGAUGUGUGCCUCUCACCCCAACAUUGUGAAAAUAAUGGAGGUGUAUGCCAACAGCGUACAGUUUCCUCAUGAAUCCAGUCCGAGGGCAAGGUUACUGAAUGUCAUGGAAAUGAUGGAAGGUGGCGAGUUGUUCCACAGAAUCAGCCAGCACAAGCACUUUACAGAGAAGAUGGCCAGUCAGGUCACUAAACAGAUAAGCCUUGCAUUACAACACUGUCAUUCAUUAAAUAUUGCACAUCGAGACCUGAAGCCAGAGAACCUGCUCUUCAAGGACAAUUCACUGGACGCUCCGGUGAAACUGUGUGAUUUUGGUUUUGCCAAAAUCGACCAAGGUGAUUUAAUGACCCCACAGUUCACUCCAUACUAUGUAGCACCGCAGGUGCUGGAGGCACAAAGACGCCACCAGAAAGAAAAGUCUGGAAUUAUACCUACCUCACCCACACCUUACACAUACAACAAGAGCUGUGAUCUGUGGUCCUUGGGGGUGAUCGUCUAUGUAAUGCUCUGCGGAUAUCCUCCGUUCUACUCCAAACACCACAGCCGCACCAUCCCUAAAGACAUGCGCAAAAAAAUCAUGACGGGCACCUUUGAGUUCCCAGAGGAGGAGUGGAGUCAAAUAUCUGAAAUGGCCAAGGACAUUGUCCGCAAGCUACUUAAAGUCAAGCCGGAGGAGAGACUAAACAUAGAGGAAGUUUUAGCCCAUCCUUGGCUCAACUGCACUGAGGCGCUGGACAAUGUGCUUCCCUCGGCUCAAAUGAUGAUGGACAAGGCAGUUGUGGCUGGAAUCCAGCAGGCCCAUGCUGAGCAACUGGCCACCAUGAGGAUACAGGACCUCAAUCUCAGUCUAAAGCCACUUAACUCCGUCAACAACCCCAUUUUGAGAAAGAGAAAGCUACUUGGCACCAAACCUAGCGAUGAACUUUUCAUUAAUGAUCCAGAGGACGAGGCGGAGGACACCAAUGUGGCUCUGGAAAAACUUCGGGAUGUAAUCGCACAGUGCAUCUUACCACAGGCUGGUGACAAUGAGGAUGAGAAGCUAAAUGAAGUCAUGCAUGAAGCAUGGCGAUUCAAUCGCGACUGCAAACUUCUCAGAGAUGGAUUGCAAGGAUUAAGUUGGGAUGGUAGGUCUUUUUCUGACAAAGUAGAUCGCUUGAAGCUGGCUGAAAUCAUCAAACAGGCCAUUGAAGAAAAGACCCUUUUACAGGACGCCCAAUAGCAAGUGCUGAAAUUUUAACCCCUUUUGUACUGUUCAUUAUAAUUGUCAUUAGGCAUAUGAUUGCAAAACGUUUUUUAUUAAUUGCAGACCUUUUUCCCUGGUCAUGCUGUAGUCUGUUGUAAAUCUGUAGCUGAAACCAAGUUGUUCUUGAUGGUAUGAUUUGUUUUCACUACAGACUGCAGUAAAGAAAUGUGUUUUAAA